ACAAUUGGCUUCAUUGAACGAUAAAACAUUAGGACUAGUUGUCUUCUCUAUUCUUACUUUGUAUUAGAACCAGUACCUUGUAUUCUAGAAUUUCUCUGGAAUGGACCUUUCUGGUAUUCCUUCCCUGAUUGCUCUUCCAACUGAGAGUGUUUUGGCUAUUGGGUUGAACAUGUAUCUGGUUGAAAGCAACGGAGGUGCUAUAGCUUGUAUGUUGCUUGCCCUCUUCUUCUUGGGCACAUGGCCUGCUAUUUUGACCCUUUUGGAAAGGCGAGGCCGUCUUCCUCAGCGCACUUACCUUGAUUACACAAUGACGAAUCUCUUGGCUGCCGUGAUCAUUGCUUUCACAUUCGGUGAGAUUGGCACGAGCACGGCUGAGGAGCCAAAUUUUUUGACUCAACUUUCUCAGGACAAUUGGCCUUCUGUUUUGUUUGCAAUGGCUGGUGGGGUUGUCCUAAGCCUUGGAAACCUGGCCACGCAAUAUUCCUUGGCCUUUGUUGGUUUAUCCGUGACUGAGGUGAUCACUGCAAGCAUAACUGUUGUUAUAGGCACAACCAUAAACUACUUCUUGGAUGAAAAAAUCAAUAAUGCUGUGAUUCUUUUCCCUGGUGUUGGAUGCUUCUUGAUUGCAGUUUGUCCUGGCUCUGCUGUUCACACAUCUAAUGCGGCUGAUAAUAAAGCAAAGCUUAGUAUUAUUUCAAACGACGACAAAACUCAGUCUGGGGCUACAGAUGUUUUAGUGUCUAAAGAAACACAUCCGAUCAUAGUUGAAACAAAGGAUCCAGAGAAUGGAAGUAGUACUGCAGAGAAGGCAAAAUUUGGGAGUGCUGGCUUUCUUAUAGAGCUUGAGAACAGAAGAGCAAUUAAGGUGUUUGGAAAGAGCACUAUGAUUGGAUUGGGCAUAACUUUCUUUGCCGGAAUCUGCUUCUCUCUCUUCUCGCCGGCAUUCAACUUGGCAACAAAUGAUCAGUGGCACACCUUGAAAGAUGUGCUGAACUUACCCAGAUCGUCACUAAGGGCUUAAUUUGACAGAUUGGAACGGUAGACGUUGGGCCUUUUUGGCUGGACUUCUUUGUGGGUUUGGGAAUGGUCUUCAGUUCGUGGGAGGUCAAGCUGGCAGGAAUCGUUA